AUGACGGCGGUGGAGACUUUCGUUCAGAAUACUUUGGAGCUUCUGGAUAAAGAAAGAGACACUGAAAUAGAAGAGACACAGUUUCUGAUAGAAAGAUUGUCAGCAAAGGAAUUAGAGCGCAGAGGAGUAUGUCUGUUAAAGCUGCAGCUGAGGUCACGCAGGUCAGGAUUGUAUGGGAGGAUGGUGGCAGUGUUUGAACCCAGUGCCAGAUCUGUAAAGAAGAAUGAAAAAUCAGAACUGCCGGCUCACAGUCUGACACCAGGUGACAUUGUUGGUGUUGGUCUGAUGAAAAGUGAAGCCACUGACAAGCCGCUGAUGACGGGAAUAGUGUCGCAGGUCACUGCUUCAAACAUUUCUGUGGCAUUUGAUGAGUCGCAGGACGUGUUUGAGCUGGAUGAUGAUGACCUCUUUAAGCUGACCAAGCUGGCAAAUGACGUAACUUACAGAAGAUUGAAGGCAGUUUUGAAUGAUUUAGCCAAAUACAGAGGAGGACCAACCCAGAGACUUAUUGACACUUUCUUCAAUCUGGAAGAAAUUUCACCUCCAUUUGGAGAAUUCCCAAUUACUUUUGUAAAUGGAUCGCUGGAUGAGUCCCAGAAGGAGGCUGUCAAGUUUGCACUGACACAGAGAGAGGUGGCUGUCAUUCAUGGCCCGCCAGGUACAGGCAAAACAACGACUGUGGUGGAACUCAUCAUUCAGGCAGUCAGGCAGGGACUCAAGGUUCUGGCCACGGCACCUUCAAACAUUGCAGUAGACAACCUGGUGGAGAGGUUGGCAAACUAUAAGCAAAAGAUUGUCCGCAUUGGUCAUCCAGCCAGGUUGCUGAGCCACUUGCAGAAGUAUUCAUUGGAUGCCAUGCUGCUGGGCAGUGACGAGGCCAGCAUUGUCAAAGAUGUGAAGACGGAUUUACAGAAUGUUUUGACCAAACUGAAGAAAGCCAAAGGAUACGGAGAAAGACAGUCCCUCAGGCAGGAGCUAAAGACUCUGAGAACGGAAUCCACAAAGAGGGAGGUGGCAGCAACCAGGGAUAUUCUGACUAGGGCUGAUGUGGUUCUAGGCACCUUGACCAGUACGUCAAAUGAUGGGCCGUUGAAGUACUUGAAGGAGGAUCACUUCGACCUGGUUGUGAUCGAUGAGUGUUCUCAGGCCCUGGAAGCUGCCUGCUGGAUGGGACUGAUGAGAGCCCCUCGCUGUGUCCUGGCAGGAGACCAUUUACAGCUGCCACCCACCAUAUUGUCCAAACAAGCUGCUGCUGCUGGAUUAGAAGUAACUCUGAUGGAGCGGCUGCUGAAGACUCUUGUUGAAGAAAAAGGCAAGGACAUCAUGAGGAUGUUGACUGUUCAGUACCGCAUGCAUGAGGAUAUCAUGAGGUGGUCGUCACAGCAGCUGUACCAGGGCAAGCUGACGGCUCAUGCAUCGGUAGCCUCACACUUACUGAGAGAUCUGGAGGGGGUGAGUUUGUCUGAGGGAACCAGUGCUUCUCUACUAUUGAUUGACACAACUGGCUGUGACUUGUUUGAGCUGGAUCUGCCAGAAGAUGUUUCAAAAGGAAAUGAAGGUGAAGCAGAUAUUGUGACUGCCCAUGUGGAAGAACUAAUCAAGAGUGGAGUCAGACCUGUAGAUAUUGCUGUCAUUGCCCCAUAUAACUUGCAGGUAGAUCUCUUGCGUCUCCGUCUGCAUCCCAAGUACCCAGACCUGGAGGUUAAGACCGUUGAUGGCUUUCAGGGUCGAGAAAAAGAAGCAGUUGUCAUUUCUAUGGUGCGAAGUAAUACAGCAGGCGAAGUUGGCUUUUUGGCAGAGAAGCGUCGAAUCAAUGUGGCAGUGACACGGGCUCGUCGUCACCUGGCAGUCGUCUGUGAUGUUGAGACCGUCAGUCAUGAUGUGUUCAUCAAAUCAUUAGUUGAUUAUAUGGCAGACAAGGGCGAUCUUCUCUCAGCGCACCAAUAUAUUCAAGAAGGGAAAGUGAGUUCUGUGUCCAGUAGACCAGUAAGGCUGACCAACUUAAUGGAUGCCUCCAAGAAGAAGAAUCCAGGCAAAGCUAAAACA